AUGUCAUCUGGGUGAUCCUCAGCGUGGAGGUUGGAGGACUUCUAGGUGUAACACAGCAGCUGUCAUCCUUUGAAACAGAGUUCAACACACAACCGCAUCGCAAGGUAGAAGGAAACUUUAACCCAUUCGCCUCUCCACAGAAGAACAGGCAACCAGAUGAAAACAACCUAAAAGACCCUGGGGGUUCCGAGCUAGGCACAAUCAGCAAAAACACAUGGGGGCCUGCUCCUGACCAAAUCGAACAAGAUCAGAAUGGACUGUCACAAAACUCUGUAAAUCUCUCCCCCAGCAGUCACUCGAACAACUUGUCAGUAGUGACAUACAGUAAGGGUUUCCACGGUCCUUAUCCCUUCGGACAGUCUUAAAACACAAAAAUACAAAACGGGUAUCGACAAGAGGAGAAUUUAAGAAAGAACUGACUUUUGGGGGAAGGGAGGGGGAUUCAUGUGGCAGACAGACACAGCGUGGACCCCCCCCCUUCUCUGCCUCCAUGUUCUGGAUAAAGAAGAGAAAACAAAAGCCCAGUAACUUAAGGCUAGCUGUUUCCAGAGGAAAAUACAAAAUCUAAGUAUGCAUGUGUGAAUGCUGGAUUUCAGGAGUGUUGUUAAAUGCUAUGAGAAAGAAAAUAUACCAACACCGUGGGUUGUUUUUUUUUUUAGAAAUCAUUCUCACACGUAAUUAGGUAGUUUAAAAAGAAGUUUAAAAAAAUGAAAAUGAAAAAGCCAUCUUUAAAAAAAAAAUAUUUUGCCUACAGAGCGGUUGUAGUUUGAGCAAAUGUUUAAUUUCUGUUUGUUUCUUGUUCAUAUUUUUUUAAAUAAGGGACAGCGUGCAUUUUUAUGGAACUGUCAUGUUUUGCUUGCUACCGAAUGGGAAUUUGCUUAGCAUCUUCUG